CUCGAUGAAGAACGCAGCAAAAUGCGAUACGUAAUGCGAAUUGCAAACCUCCGUGAAUCAUUGAAACUUUGAACGCAUGUUGCGCCCGAGGCCUCGGCCGAGGGCACAUCUGCUUGAACGCCACACACAUCCAGGUGGAACCUCGCAUCCGAACCCACCCCUCCACACACAGCUAAGCGAGACCACCCGCUGAAUUUAAGCAUAUUACUAAGCGGAGGAAAAGAAAACAACCGUGAUUCCUUUGGUAGCGGCGAGCGACCAAGGAAAAGCCCAGGCUUGAAAUCUGAGGGCCCCCGGCCCUCCGAAUUGUAGUCUGAAAAGGAAGCGUUCUCUGUGACGGGCGCCGCCUUAAGUCCACUGGAAAGUGGCGGCAGAGAGGGUGACACCCCCGUCGGGCGACGACCCGUCACUCCACGAGACGCAUCCGAAGAGUCGGGUUGCUUGGGAGUGCAGCCCCAACAUGGGUGGUAAGCUCCAUCCAAGGCUAAAUACGGCCAGGUUUCCGAUAGCGAACAAGUACCGUGAGGGAAAGAUGAAAAGAACUUUGGAAAGAGAGUAAAAAGUGCUUGAAAUCGUCAGGAGGAUAAGCGCAUGAGCCCAAGCAGACCUGCGGGCCCCGUACGCGCGGGGCCCGGAGGUACGCAGCGCCAGUUGAUGCCGCGGGAAAAGGAGCUCGCUCCCACCGCGGCGGAGACCGAGGAUGACCCUCACGGGUCGGCGCUGGCGAAACGGGCUGAUGCGACCCGUCUUGAAACACAGACCAAGGAGGCCAACGCGGCUGCGAGCCAAUGGGUUGGAAACCACAAUGGCGACAGUGAAAGCGACCCGUGAGAAGGCGGCCUCGUGCUGCCCGCACCACGGACCGCCCCGGGGGCCUCGGCGCCCGGGGUGCGUUGAGUAGUCGCGUUGGGACCCAAAAGAUGGUGAACUAUGCCUGAGCAGGGCGAAGCUAGAG